UUGCUGGCUCUGGCGCUACCUGUCAGCCGUCCCAGCAGAGCAGAGCAGCCAUCCCCUCCCCUCGACGCGCCGCCAUCCGUCUGUUCCUCUCCGCCAUGAACAACCUACUAACCGAUUCCUCGAGAGAUGGGGGGGAUCUUGAGAUGGGAAUGCAUCACCCCGAUGCCUCUGAUAAUUUACAAGCCUUCUUGAAGAAGGUUGAUGGGAUCGACAGCCUGAUAGCUAAGCUCACGAGCCUCCUGACCAAGCUCCAGUCUGCCAACGAGGAAUCAAAAGCAGUCACAAAAGCAAGCGCCAUGAAAGCAAUCAAGCAGCGAAUGGAGAAAGACAUUGACCAAGUCGGCAAAAUUGCUCGUAUGGCGAAAACAAAAGUUGAUGAACUGGACAAAGAUAACUUAUCUAACAGGAAGAAACCUGGAUGCGAGGAGGACUCUGCGGUUGAUCGAUCAAGGGAACAGACUACUGGAGCAGUGAAAAAGAAACUGAAGAAACGGAUGGACGAUUUUCAGGUGUUGAGAGAAUCAAUCCGGCAGGAGUACCGGGAAGUCGUUGAAAGAAGGGUAUUCACUGUAACUGGUAAUCGCCCUGAUGAAGAGACAAUUGACGAUUUAAUCGAGACAGGGAGAAGCGAGCAGAUUUUCAAAGAUGCG